AUGCGGCACACGCAGCGAGCGUUUGAUGAGCCAAGCAGAUAUGGGGCACCACCUGGUUGGCCACCUAACAUUGAAGCUUACGUUCUGCCAAGACUAGAGAUGCGCUAUGAAACUUUCAAAGAAGCAAAGAACUUCUACAACGUCUAUGCGAAGCACGCGGGUUUUGCUGUCAGGGAAGGCCCCAAGUUUAAGACCAGAGCCUACCUUUAUUGCACGUGCUAUGGAAUCUAUGAAUCGAAGGUGUCUGAAGCAAAUAGACAGCGGAACAAAAUGACAGCUAGGACUAACUGCGGGGCUAAAAUGAGGCUAAAGAAGGAAAAGGAUGGAACAUUUGUCGUAAAAGAGAUAGUCUGGGAACACAACCACAGGCUACAGCUCACUCCGGAAAUGCUUGUCUUCUUGCACUCCCACAAAAACUUUGACAAAACAAUCUUGGAGUACGUCAAGUACCUGCAGUUCAAAGGCAUUGAACACGCGCAAAUCAUGAGCAUACUGGGCGGUGAUGACCCUAGUAGCUACUUCCUCGAAAUGAAUGCCAAAGACCUGAUUAACCUGUAA